AUGGGUAGUGUCAGCAGCCUCAUCAACGGCAACAGCCUCAACAGCAAACACUGCAAGGCGUCUGACCAAAGGCUAAAAAAGGAAAUAAACCAUCAUAGAAAGAGUGGAGGUUGCAGCCUUGACGGGCUACUGAAGUGCGGCUCCUCGUCCAGCACUCAUCCUUCUAAAGGCCUGUCCCACUCACGGUCGGGAAGAAGCGAAGACUUUUUUUACAUCAAAGUGAGCCAUAAACCGAGGUCAGUGUACCACAGAGGAGGAUCAAUGGAAGAGCAUUUAGGUGGAAAGAAGAGAGAGGGGGAAUCAGAUGGACGACUGCAACCAAAACUACUGCUCAUGUCAGGAAAUAUGACUGAGAGGACCUCUGCUGAGAAGUCAUUGGUCCGUUCCACUGCGUUCAAGCAUGUGAUUCCCAGGAGUACGUCCUCCACAGAGACAAGCCACAACAGCCUGGACCACAUCCUUUGUCCCCUGGACAAAGCAAGGAGUCCAAACAAUAGACACAAGCAAGACACCUUUUCAGGUACUCUCUCCGACUCCGGACGUAACUCUAUGUCUAGCCUGCCCACCCACAGCACCAGCGGCAGCCUAAGUGCUUCUACGGGCCCUGUCAGUCACAGCGAUGGCAGCUCAGCUCCCGCAAACAGCCUCAGCAAGGGAGUGCAGCCCAAUUUCCCUCCAUGGGUCAACGGGAAUAGCGCUAACCUUGACUGUAGCUACAGGGCUGGUUUAAACAGUGGGGGGUCGGCACCUAAGGCAAAUGGGGAUGCUGGCUACCCACUUUCUGCAGAUGAGUCAAACCCUUUGUCUGAAGCUUCAGGUGGGAUUCGGUCCCCUAUUACUACAGAUGAGUCACUGAUUGAACGUUUGGAACAAAGGCUGCUGGAGAGAGAGUCUGAACUCCAGGAGCUACAGGUCAGUUUUGAGGAGAAGGAAGCAGACACCUGUCAGCUGUUUGAUGAAAGACAGAGGUACUGUGCCGAGGAGAUGGAGGGGCUGAAGCAGCGAUGCUCCACAAAGCUACGACAAGUGUCCCAAAUGGCUGCAAAAACCCAGCAAGCACUUCAGCUCCAGGUCAGGCAGCUCCAGGCAGAGAAGGAGAGGCUUCAAGAGGAUGUCUCAAAGCUAACCCAAGAGAAGGAUCUUGUCGAGCUCAGACUGAGGUCUUUUGAGACCGAGAACACACAGCUCGCUCCGACACUGGAGGAAACUCAAUGGGAGGUGUGCCAGAAGACAGGGGAGAUCUCGCUGUUGAAGCAGCAGCUGAGAGACUGCCAGGCGGACGUCAGCCACAAGCUAAAUGAGAUUGUCAGCCUCAGGGCGUCACUGAAGGAAAACACGGCAAAGAUGGAGACGCUCGAGAAGCAGAAUAAAGACCACGAGGACAAACUCCACUGUCGAACCAUAGAGGUUGAGGUGUGCCAAAAUGAACUCCAACGCAAGAAGAAUGAGGCUGAUUUGCUGAGAGAAAAAGUGGGCAAACUGGAGACAGACAUUAAAGGAAUGAAACAGGAUCUGGCCAUGGCCAAAGAGCAGAGGCUGCAGCGCAGUUUGCAACUUGAGGCCCAUGCCCACGCUCAGGCCUUGGACAAACUAAUCCAAGGCUCAGACUCCCCCGCCCAGGGCCAAGGGGAGGAGAACAGUGGGCAUGUCCCCACGGAAUCACUCCAGAGGGAAGUAGAGAGACUGAAGCAGCAGCUCAGGGAAGAGAAGGACGCCCAAGAGAGGCUGGCCAACAGCUUUGAGAAGGAGAGGCAAACGUGGAACAGGGAGAAAGGCAGGGUCAUCAAGUACCAGAAGCAGCUCCAGAUCAACUACCUGCAGAUGCACAGGAAGAACCAGGACCUGGAGAGGAUCCUGAAGGAGCUGACCGCUGAACUGGAGGGCCGGACAGAGCUUGGAAUGGACAUCAACUACAGCUCAGGGUUACAAACAUAUGACGAUGUCAUCGCCACAGAAAUUUGA